CCGGGCUCAGGUCGGGGCGCAGCCGCGCCAUGGAGCGGUACGAGAAGCUGGGGAAGGUCGGAGAGGGCUCGUACGGCGUCGUCUUCAAGUGCCGCAACAGGGAGACGGGUCAGAUCGUGGCCAUCAAGAAGUUCCUGGAGUCCGAGGAGGACCCGGUGAUCCGGAAAAUCGCGCUGCGGGAGAUCCGCAUGCUGAAGCAACUGAAACACCCCAACCUGGUGAACCUGCUGGAGGUGUUCAGGAGGAAGAGGAAGCUGCACCUGGUCUUUGAGUACUGCGACCACACCGUUCUCCACGAGCUGGAUAAGCACCCGCGGGGGGUGCCGGAGCAUCUGGUCAGGAGCAUCACCUGGCAGACCCUCCAAGCUGUGAACUUUUGUCACAAACACAACUGCAUCCACCGAGAUGUAAAGCCAGAAAACAUCCUGAUAACGAAACACUCUGUCAUCAAACUCUGUGACUUCGGAUUUGCUCGCAUGCUGACUGGCCCGGCUGAUUACUACACAGACUACGUGGCCACCAGGUGGUACCGCUCUCCCGAGCUGCUGGUUGGGGACACGCAAUACGGCCCUCCGGUGGACGUGUGGGCAAUAGGCUGCGUCUUUGCGGAGCUGCUCUCCGGGGUGCCGCUGUGGCCCGGCAAGUCGGACGUGGACCAGCUGUACCUGAUCCGCAGAACGCUGGGGGAUCUUAUUCCCAGGCACCAGCAAGUGUUCAGCACCAACCAGUUCUUCAGCGGCGUCACGAUUCCAGACCCAGAGAGCAUGGAGCCAUUGGAAAUGAAAUUUCCUACUAUUUCAUACCCUGCUUUAGCUCUCAUGAAGGGCUGCCUUCGUAUGGACCCUGCAGAGAGGCAGACGUGUGAGCAGCUGCUGCAGCACCCCUAUUUCGACAGCCUUAGGGAGGCAGAUCUGGGGAAAGAACAUGAAAAAGCAGCUCGGAAACCAGCCAAGCUGACACGGAAGCAUGUGCCGGGGUACCUGCCUCAGUUAAGCAGCAGCAAUGUUCUGCCAGCUUUGGACAGCAAGAAGUACUUCUGCAAAACGAGGAAAUCCAACUACCAUUUCCCUAACAUCUGAGUGGGUGGCAGAUGAAAAACUACCUAGCAUUCAAAGUUCCAGUCCUUCAGCACUUAUAAAAGGCCACAUGGUGGAAAACUGAAUUAAUACAGGUGAUGAUGUAUACAGAAAUGGACUGCAAGGUACUCUGGGCUACUGGUGGAAGGAAAGUGGUGCACUCCAAGCUCACGUUAGCCAGUGUUCUGUGUAAAGAAAAUAUAAUUCUUUACUUUACUUUUUCUUUACUUAUAAUUCUUUUUACUUCAAUUUGUGAUUGCUUACUGGUUCAGGAUUACUGCAAAGCAGUGUUACAGGGUGAAUCUUGAGAAGUCUGUUGCCUAUCCAUUAGCUGUGUUUCAGACUUGGCAGGAGAACUGUAACCUUGCCGAAUAAAUCAGAGUCACUGUGGCUAGCUAACAGAUCCUGCAAGGACCUGUAAACCUAUUCCCUUUGUGAGUGGAAGACAGAUGUGUGUGUGUGUGUGUGUGUGCAGCUGAGGAGAAUUAGGUCCAGCUAAUUACAAACCUGCUGAAAUAGCAGUGUUUUAAAGAUAUGUCUAUCUUGUGUAAGGCAUAAAGUAUCACGAGCACAGGCAUUGACUUAGACUUACUGGAAGGCUCCACGGGCACUGGGAACAGAAGGAGAAUGUAAUUACUGAAGUCUGCUUUUUUUCUUUGGCCUUUCCAGAGCUUCUCCUGUCUGUCUCUUCCUUGCAAUACGAAGUUAUUUAUAUUUGCUGGUUUUGUCAUGUGAAGUCAUUCGCCUGUAGUGUUACAGAAAUUGUUUUUAUCAAAAACAAUUCAAUAUAAUUUAUAACAGUAGCCAGACACGGGCAAUAAUUCUGCCUAAGUCUGUGUAUUAGAACAAAUCUUGGAUUUUGUGUAAUUUCAGAAUGUAAUAUUGUGUUGAU